AUGGCGGGGGACGGACAACCAGUCCGACAUGCAGUCGAGCUGGUUGUUGAACCCACAGUGUGUGGACGUGCAGCAGUGGGACAGCUUGGGCUUGGUGGCCUGGAUGUUCGUGAUCGGGCUUUGGUGUGGGACUUGGCUCAGCUCCCAUAUCUUCACGGAUGCCUCGGACCUCCUGCAGUGUGCGUUGUGCGGCUACUACCUCCUUCUCUUCGACCUCAUGGAGACAGGGGGCUCGAGCACUCGGUACUUUCAUCCGAUAACGCAGGGGAACCUGCUUGCUAUAUGCGGGCACUUGGUGGAGCGAAUGGCCAACUGGCCUGCUGGCUGCCCUUUUCGACCGUCCGCGUGCAUGGAAGACUCCAACGGUUCCAUUUCGGAGAAGUGAAAAGUGGCAUUGUCCAUCGCCUGCCGACCAUCCGAGCUGCCCUGCACACCACCCAGCUGCUUCACGUGCGUCGCAAGAAGGCCAUGGCUAGCUUUGCAGUCGACAAGAAAAAGCUGCUUCCCUGGAAAGCACUGGCGGAUGCUGAAGCCAGCCAGGCCGGGAAACGAGCUUUGGAGACCGUGUGCACGUACAAAGCCUUGACGAGCGUUGGCAAAAGUGCUGCUGACAUGCGGGCUGCCUUGCAAAACUGGUGGAACGUCAUUGGCAAGCAGAUGGUUGCAGAUCGGCUGCGCUCCUGUCACAGCCAAGAGGAGCUGCAGGAUGAGGAGGAGGCCCACUCGGACGUCGAAGACUGUGCCGUGGACCCUGCGAACCCCGAGCUCGACCAGAACCUAGAAGUUGCCCAGACCCUGGCAUGCUUGCAGAAAGAGUCCGAAGCCCUUGCAGAGAUGCACCGCCUGGAAGAUGCCAUGGAUCCCGCUUCGACAUCUGGUGACCUGGUUGCAAAGAAUCCCGCUUCGACGUCUGGUGACCUUGCUGCAAAGGCUGCGAAGGAUCCGGUUCCGCCGCCUGCAAAUGAUCCUGUGACAGUGACGGACGAGCAGCCCGCGAUGACACUGGAGGCCAUUCUGCGGAAGCAUGGCUUGGACAAGUACGAGCCGAUCGAUGGUGACUCCGAGCAUGCGAUGCUGAUCCGACUGCAGAAGCUGGCUCCGGACCAGCUCCGGUUCAUCGCACAGAUGAGGUUGGGCGAAGCCUUCUUGCGGCCUGGCCAGGUGCAACAACCAGAGCGACCCUUGUCACAGUGGAAUCAAUUGCAGAAGGACCUCUCCGAAACCCAACGUGGCUUUGGAUUGCAAGGUGCGAAGCAGGGCCGAGCCGCCAGCUGGUGCUUUUCGAGGUUGGUGGCCGACAAAGCCCAGGAGGUUGCAGUGACAGUGGCAGGGUGCAAGAAGGACGAGGCGAUCCUGCGAGCUCUGACCUGCUUUCGACCCUCCAAUGUUUUGGAUGCCAGUAUGUCCCGAGACUACCAUCUGGUCGUCAUCCGCCUGCACCCUCUGGGCAAGAACCAGAUGGCCCUCGUCAGCAGGGUCUUCCGAAGCAGCCAUGGGAAGAAGCGAAGCGGCAGCAAGCCUCACGAGGAGGCACUCCCUGCGCAGGAGUGCACUGGUUUGCAGCUGGUGUUGCUGCAGCCUGUGAAAGAUGAGUCGAGCAUCUUUCGAGCUACCUGCUGCAGUCCCUGCCUUUGCAUGGGUCCGCACGAGGACCGCGAGGACCUUCCCCGCUUGCUGAUGGAGGUGGCACCGGGAUGGUUCAAGGUUCGAUGCACCUCGACGACCUUGCUACUGGAGGUGGACAGCUCAGCAGCCAUGGGCAUCAGAGCAGUGAAGGAGCUGGAGGAGCCGACCUUCGUCGGAGGCCGGCUUCGCGAACAUCCGCGCGUACAUGGAGAUCAUGCGGAAGAUGUUUGCAAGCACUGCGGGCAAGCCGCUAUGCACGCAGGACGGCUGUGUGCGAUUGUGGUCUGGCAGUUUCAGGCAACUUUGCCACAUUUCAGUGGAUGGUUUUUCCUUUUCUUUUAUUGCUGA